AUUACGUUAUCUUGACACUUGUGGCAACGUAGCAGCAUCUGGUUGCUAGUUUUGGUGAAAUCCUCUGAGAUCCGAUAAUUUAAGGUUCAGCUUUUAUUAUUUCCAUCUCCACAGAAUGCAGUCGGACACGUUAUUACAUGCAGCCAAUUUCAGCACACUGUUUGUGUGCAUGGUGCUGAAGUUCCCGCAGAUCUUUGUACUGAUGCGAGCGAAAUCAUCGACUGGGGUCAGCCUCAACAGUCUUCUCCUCGAGUUGGUCGGGUUCAUUGUUUUUGUAACGUACCAGAUGUACUAUGACUACCCACCUCCAACAUACCUGGAGUACCCAAUACUCAUUGCUCAAGAUGUGAUUCUUCUGCUCCUGAUUCUUCACUAUAACGGCAGCCUACGGCACAGCCUCAUCUACGCCUUGGUGUUUGUCGCAGGUUGGAGGCUCCUCACUGUGGAGAAGUGGAUCAUAGAUUUGGCCAUGAGCCUGUGCACAUUCAUCAGUGCAGCCAGUAAAUUUGCCCAGCUGCAGUGCCUGUGGAGAUCUAAGGAUGCUGGACAAGUUAGCGCUCUCUCCUGGGCUAUGGCUACCUACACGUGCAUGGCACGGAUCUACACCACCACAGUGACAACUGGAGACAUGCAGGUUCUGGUGCGGUUCAUCGCCAUGACCUUGCUGAACCUGUGGGUGCUGUUCACCGUGCUCUACUACCAGAAAUACAGGAGCAGCUCCAAGAAAGAAGACUAAGCUUUAAAAUAAGCUGGACCCCGGUGCUGACGGUCGGGGAUGUCACCACACUGAUCUUAAAGUUCAGCAGGGUUUGCAGGGUUACUUUGGACACAGGCAGUAGUGACAAACACAACUGGUGGGUAACAAGGGUUAUGGCAGUUGCUUCUGUGAUACUUACCCAUAAGAUGUGCUUUUUAUAUUGUUUUUACCUCAGUAUUAAACCCAUGUAUUCCUUUUUGUAACAUUCCAGUGACUAGAUAUCUGCUGCAACUGUGAGAACAGAGACCAAUGCUUUUUCAUACUCUAUGUGGAAAAGGUAGAGUUAUUUGAUAGGACAGCACAAGCCAAGUAUAUCUGAGAUCUUCCUACUCAGGAAAAGAAAUACUGUAUUAUGACUAGCUUUUAUACAUGUAAAGUUCUUUUCUGAACUAUUUUAAUAAACCAAACCUUUCAGCUUCUUA